AUUUUCCCUUUGUCGCAUCGAGCGGCGCAGAAAACGUCACGGCGUUUCCUCUCGGUUUGUCAGGCUGCUCGCCGCCGUGUUCUCCGCUGUUUGUGAACUGCUUUAAAGACACCAGAAACAUGCCAAUGGAGGCUUGCUGACCAAAAUGGCUGGGCGCAGUGAAAUGUGAAAUAUUCUUGCUAAGGUUAUCCUUCCCACACGCAACGCGACUGUCACGCGAGCACGGCGGCUAAAACGCGCUACGAAAGUUAAGAAAAGUUGCUCCACUUUGACCUGCAACAUGUCUGAUUUACUGAGAUAUAUCGACUAUGACCACAAAGCCACCUUUCUGAAGAUGCUCAACCAGCAGAGGAUGGAAGGUGAGCACUGUGAUGUGGUGGUGGUGGUGGAAAACAUAGAGUUCAGGGCUCACCGCUGUGUCUUAGCAGCCUGCAGCAACUACUUCAAAAAGCUCUUCAAAAAGCAGAGCGACGAGGACAACUCCAUCGUGGAGCUGGACUUCAUCCGCUCAGACAUCUUCGAAGAGGUGCUCAAUUACAUGUACACAGCCCGGCUCGCUGUGAGGAAGAAGGACAUCAAUAUGAUGAUGUCAUCCGGUCAGAUCCUGGGGAUCAACUUCCUGGAUAACCUGUGCACGCAGAAACGCGAGCUGACCAACAUGAAGACCCGGGAGAACCAGGCUCCCGGUGACCACGGGAUGCGAGCUCAGGACGCCAUCCUGAAGGAGCUGGCUAUGGAGGAGGUGAGGAAGAACAGCUUCUACGAUCAGGGGAUGGAAAGUAUGGGGCCCGGGGGCUCCCACGUGUCUCAGCCACACAACUACAACACCAACAUGAGCAAAGAUCCCCACAGCCACGGCUGGGGCUCCUCUUCCUCCAGCGACAUGAAGCUGGAGUACCUGCUGUACGGCCACCGCGACCACGGCUCCUGCCAGAGCGCAGGCGCGAAGCCCAUGGACCACAACGCCAAAAAGGAGCGGCUGCUCACCGCCAACCGCCCCUACGGCUGCGAGCACUGCCCCAAAGCCUUCACCACCGCCGCCCACCUCAAGGAGCACCUGAAGAUCCACUCUGGCUUCAAGCCUCACCGCUGCGUCGUGUGCGGCAAGGCCUUCAUCAGGGGCCCCGACCUGAAGAGGCACGAGAGGGUCCACAGCAACGAGAGGCCCUUCGCGUGUCAAAUGUGCGAAAAGGCCUUCAAGCACAAGUCUCACCUGAAAGACCACGAACGGCAGCACCGGGGCGAGCGGCCAUUCAACUGCGGCUCCUGCGACAAAGCGUUCAUCAAAGCGUCGGAUCUGAAGCGCCACUGGAACACCAUGCACAGCGGCAACCCCCGCAGACAGAUGUCCCUGUCCCCCGCCGCCUCCCAGCACGGCCAGGGAGACGCCACCGACCAGAGAGACUGGAAAAUGGAGACCGGGCCACACUCGCACAACUCAGGGGACUGUUGAGCCUGCAGACACACCAAACCACACUCUGACAUACAGACACAUAGAUCCACAGCAGUCACUCUACAACAUGAACACACACUGACACAACCACAACCCUGUGACAGGCUGUCGCCUGACAUGACACGGACAAUGAUCGGAGUGAGUAACGAGAGAUCAGAGCAUGUUCAUAAGACUGUGGGACUGUAUUAUUAUUAUUCUGAAGAGUUAUGUCAAAGCGAUGUUUUCUUUCCACCUGUAAAAUCAUGUAAAUGUUUAGUUCACUCUACUAUACAUAUAUUUUUCACAAAGCAUCGUUGCUAUCUAGACCUGGGGGUUCUCAUAACAUUAUUCUCUUUUACUUUUAUGGGAUAUGUAACAUUUAAAUGUUUGUUUAACCUUUACUGGAUUUUAUGGAGCUAAAAUGAGAAACAGAGUCGUGGGGGGGGGGGGAAAGAUUUUUCUGCAUAACAUUUGUUGCAUUGAGUAUAUUCAUGUGGAUGUUUUUAAUGGAUGUGUUUAGUUGUAUUGAUUGAUAUUACACUGUAAGAGUAAGAGUCACCAUUUUGCAUUCGAUGCAGAUGAUACCAAAGUCUUGGGCCUUCGAGGGAUUGUCUGUAGAGGCUGUCCUGCCCAAGCAACCGGCCAGCUCGAUUUACUGUUAUACAGUAUAACUGUCAUCCAGCUAUCAACAGUUAAUGAUAGAUGUCUGUAUAUACUGUAGCUUAGUUUGUUGCACAAUUAGAGUACACAAUAAUGAAUUAUGCACAUAUAACAUUGUCCUACUCCUACACUUUGACAAUAAACACCAUUUGCUGUGUUUUAUUGUUUUUGCAAAGUUUGGUUUUUGUUGACGAGAGUUCAGCCCACAGCAUCUGUAUCCUGCAGACCAGAGCUGCAACUAACCUUUGUUUUCAUUGUCAAUGAACCUGUUGAUUGUUUUUGUUAUUAAUCGAUUAGUUGUUUGGCCGAUAAAAUGUUGGAAAAUGGUGAAAAAUGUCGAUCGGUGUUUCCUAAAGCCCAAGACGACGUCCUCAUGUGUCUUGUUUAGUGUGCAACCUAAAGAUAUUCAGUUUACUGUCAAAGAGGAGUGAAGAAACCAGAAAAACCCACAUUUAAGAAGCUGGAAUCAGAGAAUUUUGAGGGUUUUUUUCCUAAAAAAUUUGCUCAAACCGAUCAAUCGUUUAUCCAAGUAGUUGGUGAUGAAUGGAAUAGUUGACAACUAAUCGAUUAAUUGUUGCAGCUCUACUGCAGACGUACUUUUUACAGUGGGGGUUAACUGUGCUACACCCAAAUCAACCUGAAGGCACCUGAACACACGCUCUCAGAUCUUAAACAUUAAACUCUACAAUGUGCAAAAUUUGGAUCAAUACAAGAAACAGCCAAAGUUCAUAAAAGACACGUGCGAUAUGAGAGUGUCUGCGGGAGCCACGUUGGUUCAGGUGGUCAGAUGUCGAUGUAUUUGGUUUGUUGUGGUUGUCAUUAAAAGGUUUCAUUUCCCACCUUUAAGCACAAAAUCCCUGUGACGUGUGGGUGAGACGUACGAUGCUGACAGUGCAGAACAAAAAGUUCCAACUUCCUGGGUUUGAAAUCUU